ACAACAACAAUAAAAAAUAGAAACACACUAUGGCACCAGUGCUCCUGUCCAAGUGUGUGCCACUUGGCUCUAAUUUGAGUUUAAACACAUUGCCCAAGCUGCGACCCGCACCCUUGUCAGCCACUGCGGUGCUGCUAAAGGGCGGGUCGUCGCCAUCCAGCUCGGGCUAUUCAUCCUCAUCGAACAGUGUUGCGGACGAGGAGCCCGCAUCGAUGGCUUCAAGUCCGGCGGGGCCGACAAAGGCCAAAAAGCGCCGUCUAGAUCAUUUGUCAUGGGAGGAGAAGGUGCAGAGAAAGAAACUAAAGAAUCGCGUAGCUGCGCAAACCAGCCGCGACAGGAAGAAGGCGCGCAUGGAGGAAAUGGAAUUCGAAAUCAAGGAACUUACUGAGAAAACGGAAAUAUUGCAAAACAAAUGCGAGAGCCUACAGAGUAUCAACGAAUCGCUGAUGGCCAAGAAUCAGAAGCUCGACGCGGAAAUGGAAGAGUUGCGUCAAGAACUUGCCGAAAUGAAGCAGCAUGCCAAAAAUUAUAAUAACAACAACAACAACAGCAGCCACAGCAACAUAGCUGACAUCAAUGCAAGCGCUGAGGGCUGUGUGCCCACACUCACUGGAUGCAGCAUCCAAUGCUGACCCUCUGCAGCAGGGUACACAAGUGGACACACAGUCGUCAGCGCGUGCCUUGAUGACAUCACGAAUGUUGCAACAGCAGCUGAAGCAGAGCAACACAACGGCCUCACUUUGGAGAAUUGUGGCGCUCUGCCUUCUAUACAAGACAUGCUGCUCGUCGACGACGAAGAGUUCGAUGCGCGACGACUUGAAGAGCUGGCCGAGAGUCUCCUCGCAGAUAUCACAGCAGACCUGGAAGCAGGCGGUGGCACAUGCCACCAAGCUGCUGCCAAAGAUGCAGGCGACUCAGAGCGAUUGCCUGGAUCAAUGGUGGGGACCGCAGCAGAGUGCAUGGAAUCCGGCGGGCAUAGAGCUGAUGGCCUAAAUGAUCAUACCAAAGCGCAACCCGUUACGAGCACCCACAACAUGGACAACAUCAACAACAUCAAUAACACCAGCAGAUUGCCUAUGCAGGUGUCAACGAUAAAUGGAAACAUACAAAAGAAAGCAACAGCAACAUCAAUACCAACAACAACAACAACGAAGACAAUUUCAGCAGCUGCAUUCCUGCAGAGUGCCACACCGGAUACGGUAUAUGGCACAUACGAUGCUAAGACGAAUUCCAUCACCAUUGUCAUGGACGGCGAUGCAGUGCCAGUGAAUGAGGCCGUUGAGGUAAUCUACGGUGAGGGCGUCACUGCUGGCGAUGAGAACACCACAGAUGCGAUCAUGAAGUGCCCGUUGCCAGCAACGUCGCCCUCACAGGUCUACCUCAAUGUGAUCAACGCCACCGAUGAUUCGGACGAUGAAGCGACCAGCCAUCUAAAUUUCGAGCCCAUUGAGCAGUUCCUGUGUCCGCGGGUCAAAGCCAUCUCACCGCUAGCCAAAUCACCUGCACUCUCUAUGCAUUCGGCCACAUCGGAUCAUGGCUAUGAGUCGGUGAUUGGCUCCCCAGCGUCGACGACUCUGUCGCAUUUGGAUAGUGACAUUCCGAUGCACACCGAGGAUGACGAAUUUCCCUGGGAAAGUAAUUUCGAUGAACUAUUUCCCAGUUUAAUUUAACUGCAACUCACAUGAGAGGCUUAAUUGUUCAUUUUUCAAAUUGAAAAUCCCAUUCGAUCAGCCAAUUCUCUUUUUACCUAUAUCUCUCUUAACAUUGUUAAUUUAUGUUGAAUUUUAUAUGUGGCUGGCCGCCUUCAUUAUUAAGUUUUAGCUCGUAA